AGAUUUUUUAAAGAAAAGAAGAAGAAUGAUGAGUUAAUGAAAUAUAAUUAAAGCAUAAACAAAAUUAAAUUCGUAAAGGUCACUGUUUUACAAAGUGUAAAGCCAAUUUGCUGGUUGCUACUUUCCGCUGUUUUCGGUUAAAGUCAGAAAGAAGAGAAGCUUAUAAAAGCACCCUAUUGGCUUCACGCUUUCAUUGAAACCACCUGCUUUGCUCUUUUUAUUAAGCCAUAAAAUGGAUACUCCUUUUCACCAGAUUUAAAACCUUUUCUAGUUUUCUUUUCUCACAUAACACAAGUGACAUUUUUUUUUGGCUUAAAACUCACACACAGGGGAGAGAGAGAUAGAGAGAUCAGACAGGCUAGCUCCAUGUCUGACUCACUCCUAACUUUCUAUUCUCUUUCAUCCAUCCUUGCUCUUCUCCCACUCUUCAUCUUCAUUCUCAUCAAAAGAAAGCAAGCCAAGCCCAGGCUCAACCUUCCCCCUGGUAACAUGGGCUGGCCUUUUCUUGGGGAAACCAUUGCCUAUUUGAGCCCUUAUUCUGCCACCACAAUAGGGGAAUUCAUGGAGCAACACAUAGCAAGGUAUGGUACAAUUUACAAGUCGAAACUGUUUGGGGAGCCAGCAAUAGUGUCAGCAGAUGCAGGACUGAACAGGUUCAUUCUACAGAACGAAGGGAAAUUGUUCGAGUGCAGCUAUCCCAGAAGCAUUGGUGGAAUACUAGGGAAAUGGUCCAUGUUGGUCUUAGUGGGUGACAUGCACAGAGACAUGCGGGUUAUAUCACUCAACUUUCUAAGCCACGCCAGGCUCAGAACACACCUCUUGAAAGAGGUGGAGAAGCACACCCUCCUUGUUCUCAACUCUUGGAACCAAAAUUCCACUUUCUCAGCCCAAGAUGAAGCUAAGAAGUUCACCUUCAAUUUGAUGGCUAGGCAUAUCAUGAGCAUGGAUCCUGGGGAUAUUGAGACAGAGCAACUGAAGAAAGAGUACGUCACUUUCAUGAAAGGGGUGGUAUCCGCGCCAUUGAAUUUUCCUGGAACUGCAUAUCGAAAGGCAUUGAAGUCUCGGUCCACCAUACUGAAGUUUAUAGAGGGGAAAAUGGAAGACAGAGUUAAGAGAAUUCAAGAGGGGAAUGAAAAUUUGGAGGAAGAUGAUCUUCUAAACUGGGUUUUGAAGCAUUCAAACCUUUCCACAGAGCAAAUUCUUGACUUGAUUCUCAGUUUGCUCUUCGCUGGCCAUGAAACUUCGUCGGUGGCCAUAGCUCUAGCUAUUUAUUUCUUGCCUGGUUGUCCUCAAGCUAUACAACAGUUAAGGGAAGAACACAGAGAAAUUGCCAGAGCCAAGAAGCAAGCAGGGGAAGUUGAACUGACUUGGGAAGACUACAAAAGAAUGGAAUUUACUCAUUGUGUUGUGAACGAGACGCUAAGGUUGGGAAAUGUUGUGAGGUUUCUGCACAGGAAAGCUGUGAAAGAUGUUAACUACAAAGGUUAUGACAUUCCAUGUGGGUGGAAAGUCCUUCCGGUGAUUGCAGCCGUGCAUCUGGAUCCUUCACUUUUUGACCAGCCUCAACACUUCAAUCCAUGGAGAUGGCAGAACAAUGGUAGUCGUGGAAGUUGCCCCAGCAAGAGCACAACGAACAAUAACUUUCUUCCGUUCGGGGGAGGACCACGACUAUGUGCAGGAUCAGAGUUAGCAAAGCUUGAAAUGGCAGUUUUCAUCCACCAUCUCAUCCUUAACUACCAUUGGGAAUUGGCUGAUACCGAUCAACCUUUUGCAUACCCUUUUGUCGAUUUCCCCAAAGGCCUACCCAUCAGAGUCCAACCCCACUCUUUGCUUCCAAAUUACUUCACUUCACUUCACCCUACCCUAUAACACCCUUGCAUACAAAUCAAUCAAAUUAAAGGGAAGACAAAUAUUAAGUACAAUUGUACAAACACACCCAUUAUUAGGACCACUUCCCUUCUCCCUCUCUAGAUUUUUACCCCACCCUCAUUGUACAUUUAUAUAUUCCCACCACGAUCGCUCAAUAUUAAAUGUUUAUUCUUUUUUAUUAUCCCACUAUGUAAUCUUCGAUAUAUAAUUAAUAAUCCAAUUAUCUUUUGUGCAUAAAAAUUUAUCUUUUACGUA